AUGCCCUUAACGACCACAGUCACACAUAUCCGUUCGAUCCGGCAUCCAUUGAUCACUACGCCCAACGAUAUCUACGCUGACAGUCUAUCCUCAUUCUACGUCACCAAUGACCAUUUCUAUUGUGAAGGGAUUGCCCGUUUGUUUGAGGACAUCGUCUCAGCUGCCAAAUGGUCCAACAUAAUCCAUGUCCAGGUCGACGAGCUUCGGUCUGCAGACUCCGAGUCCGGUCUGCGUGCCACCGUCGCUCUGGAUAAAAUCCAUAACGCCAAUGGCCUGGGGCAUGGCAGCCCGGAUGGAAAAAUAGUGAUCACGAGCGCGAUGGGUGCAACCUUGUUCCGUGCCCAAGCAAACGAAACCAACCACACCAUCUCCAUCCCGGAGACAAUUCCUGUGGCUUCCCAAAUCGAUAAUCCGAGUUAUUUCUCCGAUCCGUACCGUACACCUUCUGACGACGCAAGUGGCUAUCUCUCUGCGGGACUCUUACGGGCUAUCGACAUUCCCAGGACGCACACCGAGCGGUCAGCCAAAGAUGGCGUGCUGGUGUGGUAUCUGCGGCCCAAGUCUAACCUAGCGAGUGUUGUCGAAGGAUCGGAUGGCUGGGAGCAGAAUGUGUUGUUUGAAGAUGAUGGUACUAAUAUCCGGAGUGCCAGUGCGGCGGUCCUGGUUCCAAUUAACCCUAAGGCUGAGCAGGGGAAGAAGAAAGCGUGGCUUUUUGUGACUGGGUUUUUCUCAGAGUCUAUGAUUGCUGUGAAUAUUGAUCUGUAG